AAUCUUAGGGCUCCAAUUACAAUGGUAAACACUUUCUUCUCCACUCUCCAAAACUGAAACAGAAUCUGAAAGUCAAAGCAAAAUAAAGUAAAAAUGGAAGCAGGAGAUGAAGCACUAGAGAUGGUGGACUCAAAGGAUUUGCAGCAGCAAAGCAAAGCCCUUGAUAAGCUCACUGACCAUGUCGAAGAUCGUCAGCUCGAUUCCUCUCGUGUUCAAACGGCUAUGGCUUCAAUUUAUGCAUCCAAGGAAGCUGAUCUUCAAGCUAUGAGGAUGAGGGAAAAGGAACUAGCUGCUGUUAAGAUCAAUGCUGCUGAUAUUGAUAUAAUUGCAAAUGAACUAGAGGUGGACAAGAAGGUUGCUGAAAGGACUUUGAGAGAACAUAAAGGUGAUGCUGUAGCUGCAAUAAGGCAUUUGCUGAAUUAAUGUAAUGCAAAAGAUAAGAGAAUCAGUACCCGAAAUUUUUGUUUUCAUUCCGAAAUGUAUUAACAAAGAGACUAUGAAAUGCUUAUGCUACGUCGAUUGGUCAUUGCUAAUACUGAAGUGAAAAAUUAAACGUGUGAGAUAGUGAGCAAGUUCGAGGGAAAUCUUGGUUUUCUUA